AUAAUAAAAAAAAUUCGUUAUUACAUAGUUGAUCAUUCGAUAUUUAAACGGUACAAAGAUGACCACAAGAUUUAGUGGACUUAAACUAGGACCGCCAAUAGAAGUUUUUGCACUUCAUAAAGCUUUCAUAGAAGAUGCUUACGAAAAAAAAGUGAAUUUAUCCAUAGGAGCUUAUCGUACAAAUGAAGGAAAACCAUGGGUAUUACCAAUUGUUCGUAAAGUAGAAAAGUCAUUAGCUGCAGAUGAAUUACAAAAUCAUGAAUAUCUUCCUGUUUUGGGAUUGGAUGCUUUUAGUCAAGCAGCAACAAGAAUGUUGUUAGGCACAGACUCUCCUAUUAUUGCACAAGGUCGUGCCUUUGGCAUUCAAACCUUAUCUGGUACUGGAGCAUUACGUGUUAUUGCUGAAUUUUUAAGUCAUAUUCUACAUUAUGAUACCUUUUAUUACAGUAAACCUACUUGGGAGAACCAUAAGCUUGUGUUUGUAAAUGGAGGAUUUAAAAAAGCCUGUGAAUAUACGUAUUGGAAUUCAGAAAGUCGUAGUAUUGAUAUAGAAGGCAUGUUUAAAGAUCUUCGAGAUGCUCCAGAAGAUGCUGUAAUUAUCCUCCAUGCAUGUGCACAUAAUCCUACUGGUUGUGAUCCAACUCCUGAACAGUGGAUCAAAAUAGCAGAUGUAAUUGAAGAAAAACAUCUUUUUCCAGUUUUUGAUUGUGCUUAUCAGGGAUUUGCAAGUGGUGAUUUAGAUAAAGAUGCUUAUGCAGUAAGAUUGUUUGCUGAACGUGGAAUAGAAUUUAUGUGUGCUCAAAGUUUCGCUAAAAAUUUUGGUUUGUAUAAUGAAAGAGUUGGAAAUUUGGUACUUGUUAUGUCUAAUGCAAAGGAAAUAGCCCAAGUUAAAUCGCAGUUAACUUUAAUUGUUCGAGGAAUGUAUAGUAAUCCACCGAAUCAUGGAGCAAGAAUAGUUGCAACUGUGUUACAGAACCCAGAUCUCUUUAAACAAUGGAAAUUUCAUAUUAUUACAAUGUCCAACAGAAUAAAAGAAAUGCGAACCAGUUUGUAUGAAAGAUUAGUUCAGAAAGGGACUCCAGGAUCUUGGGAACAUAUUACUAAACAAAUAGGAAUGUUCUCUUACACAGGACUUACUGAGAGACAAGUUGAAUGUUUAAUCAACGAUUACCACAUUUAUAUGUUACGAAGUGGUAGAAUAAAUAUAUGUGGACUUAAUGAAUCCAACUUAGAUUAUGUGGCAAGUGCGAUUUACGAAACUGUUCUUUUAUAUCCACAAGACAAGCAAAGUUGUACAUGUUAAAAUGGAUAUUUGGAUCAGACAUAAUAAGUAUAAAUUAUUGAAACUGA